CAGCCAGGUCAGAUGAUCCGAUUGUAAAUAGACAUCAGCGGCUCGGGCUGUAGCCAUGCCUUCAUGGGCUCUUUAAACACCCCAGCAGAGCAGAUUCUUCCACUCGGGUUCUGUUCUUUAAAAAUCAUUUAUUUGCCUGGUUUUAAGGUGCGUCGAACUAUCAUUAAAGCAUGUACCGGUCUCUAUACGCCUUCCGGUCCACGGAGCCCAACUCGCUGCACUUCUCGGCCGGAGAAAGCUUUCUGAUCCUGGAGAGGAGCAACAAACACUGGUGGCUGGGGUCCCGCAGCAGCUCCGGGGAGACCGGCUACAUCCCUGCCUCCUACAUCGAGAAAAUACAGGCUCCGGAGCAAGACGAGGUGCUGCAGUCCAUCGAUCGAGCAAUAGAGGGAAUCCACAAUGUGGCCUUAAAGAACGGGGGCAAAUACAACCUUGAGCAGCGAGAUGUUCUACAAAAGCUGAUCCAUCACAGAAAGGAAACUCUCGCUCGGCGAAGUUCCCCCGCCGUCGGACACAAACAAGGCCUCCCAACUUCCAGCAGCGACAUCUCUCUCAGCCAAACUCCUCCGCCGCCCAACGGCGUCAGUCGAGACUACGGACGGCAGGGCAGCGUGCCGUUAUCAGGGAGCGUGGACAACAUGCAGGGAGAGCAGGGCUUUUAUCAGGCGCCCCCCCAGCCUCGACGCGCUGCUCCGAUCACCCCCCCUCCCCCUGAAAAACAGAGAAGCCUCCGUCGGCCAGAGCCUGAGGUGCCCUCCAGAGUGUCCUCCCUGCCUGAGUCUCCUGCUCCCUCCUUGACGAUCAGCAACACCUCCAUAGAGUCCUCCUCUGACGUCAGUCUGCCAAGUGUUUCCAGCACCCCCCCUCCUCCUGUCCCAUCCCGCGUGAAGCCCCCCGCCCCACCUGCAGAUGUCACGCCUUCUGUCUGUCCAGCUCCUGGGAAGAAAAGCCCCGCGCCGCUGCCACCGCGGCCCACCAAACCCACUGAGAGCACCACUCCUGUCCAGCUGGCUGUGGAGGAGCCCCCACAGACCGAAUGGCCCCUCGCCCCUCUGUCUAUUGCAGAAGACAACCCUCCUGGCAGCCCCUCCUCGUCAGAGCCGGUCCCCAUGACUGUCGGAGCUGAGCUGAUCGAGCUGGUUCGGAAGAACACGGGCUUGAGUUACGAGCUGUCCCGGGUGGCGGUGGGCGUGGUGGUGGGCCACCUGCAGACCGCUCUACCUCGAGCCUCCUCAGAUCUGGAGCGGGUUCUCCUUUCACUGGUGGAGAGCAAGGACUCCAGCGCAGCUCUGCCGCGGGGUCAGGUGUGUCACGACGAGCAGCGGCUGGAGGUCAUCUUCAACGACCUCGCCCGCCACCGCGACGACUCCCAGCAGCGCAGCUGGGCGCUCCACGAAGACCACGCUGUCAUCGCCUGUUACCUCGAGGAGCUGCUGAAGAUUCUGACUGAUGCAGAUCCAGAGGUGUGCAAGAGGAUGUGCAAGUUCAACCACUAUGAGAAUGUUCUGUCCCUGGUUUCAUACUAUCAGAUGGAACUUCGUGUUUCUUUGCGGCUGCUGUUGCUCAAAGUGUUUGGGGCGAUGUGCAGCCUGGACGCUGCGCUCGUCUCCACCCUCCUGAACUCCAUCUUGCCCAUGGAGCUGGCCCGGGACCUUCAAACAGACGCACAGGAACACCAGAAAAUGUGUUACACAGCUUUAGUUCUGACUAUGAUUUUCUCCAUGGGCGAGCAGGUGCCAUAUCAUCACUACGAACACCUGAACGCCGACUUUGUUGGGUUUCUGUUGAGAGUGUUGGAGGACGGGCUUUCUUCUGAUCCCACAGAGCAGCUGCCUGACAUUUUCCUGAACCUCCUGCUGGCCUUUAACCUGCACCACACUGCACCCAGCAACAAUGUGAUCAUGCAGCAGCUGAAGCAGAAAAACGUCAAAGUCCUGACAGAGAAAGUUCUGCUGCUCCUGAACAGAGGAGAGGAUCCUGUUUGCAUGUUCAAACACACCCCACCUGCGCCGCACUCUGUGCUCAAGUUUCUGCAGGAUGUUUUCGCCAGUCGAGAGACGGCGGACAUCUUCUACCGCACGGACAUGAUGGUGAUGAUCGACAUCGCAGUUCGACAAAUAUCCGACCUGUCGCCUGGAGAUAAGCUGCGGAUGGAGUAUCUCUCCCUCAUGCACUCCAUUAUGCGCUCGACAGACUACCUCGAGCACCAGCACCGCCUGUCGGACCUGCAGGGGUCACUAAAGAGGAUCCUCGGGGAGGAGGAAGACCCAGGCGAGGACGAAGGGAACACCACAGCCAAACAGAUGGAUAAGCUAAUUGUACAGCAGAUCUUCAAGGAGUUCCCACAGAUCUGCCAGAAUUAAUCAUAUCAGUAUUAUAAACACACACACUGUAGUCUGCUCCUGUCUGCUGCGGGGGGAAUCUGGUAAAACCUGAAAAUAAGAACUGAUGUUUGAGGAAAACUCAUUUUCUGCACCAGCUGAGUCAAAAAGUUGAAAGAGUUGCUUUUGCUUUCCAGGACUUUGCAGAGCUACGUCGAGCAUUUUCUGUUUCCACAGCUUCUCAAAUAUUUGAGUGAGAAGAAUGUUGUGUGUGUGUUUAGGGGGGGAAAAAAAAUCAAAGUUUCUUUAUUCUUUGACGUUAGAAGAAGCCAGAAUCAAAGUCAAAACCUUAACACAGCUGACAGUGAAAUCUUUAGCAAUAAAACCCACAUGAAUCAAAUGUGGACUAAGUGCAUGUGCUUAAAGAGCAGCGUUAUAACAUUCAUUUAAAUUUUACUCUAACCAAACUAACCAAAACCAAAAAAUUUUUAGAGAUUGUAAAGAUCUGAAACAGAGGCAGAUCUAUUGACAUCGUGUAACAGUGCCAUUAUGUUCAAUCCUGAGUUCAAACUUUGAAUCUUUACACACUUCCCUUGAGGUGGGACCAAACUGCUGUGUGUUACUGAGCGUAUUGUUUUCUUCAACUAACUUCCAGCUCCAUUCAAGUCAUUUAGUUAAGUUCAAGUC